AUGGCCCAAGCCCCCCUUCCUCCCACAGUCAUCGCCCAAAAACAAUCCUUCCUCGCCACCCAGGCUCGCCUGCUCUCCCAACCCCUGCAACCUUCGCAUGCCUGGCUCAUCGCCAACGAGGCCGCCGAGUCCUCUAUCCCGGACCCCGUCGUCGAGCACGUUGCUGCCCGCCUCAACACGACCUUGCUGCAGCACUCGCGACGCGCUUACUCUCACCAAGCGAGUCGUCACGUCGCCGAGCAGAUUGACGUGUUGUACCUAUCUCAACUGUCGGCCGCGCAGAAUGACUCCUCCGAGGGUCUAUCCCUCUCCUUGGACCUCUCCGAGCGUGACGCAACUACCUUUCCCAUGGAAGUCAAAAGAUAUGUUGAACUCGCUGGUCGCUUAAAAGAGCUCGUCGAGCAAAGGCAACAAGCUAGAGCUCGUGUUGAGCGGCUACGGCGCAUGAAGGCCCUGCUCGACCCCUUCCGCACCGAAGAUGCCGGCGCGGGUGUGCAGGAAAAUCUCGUUACCCGUGAUGGCGAGAUUGAAAAGGAGAUGGAGAAGAUGCGUGUCCUGCUGGCUCGUGUAGGUGGUCGCGUAGGACUUCUGCCCGUGUCCGCCGAGUCUGUAGACCUUCUCAGAGAGGACAACUCCUUAAUCGUAGAGCCUGUCGCUACAGGAGAGAAGCGCAAACUUGACGAUCUUCUCGGUAGCUUCUGA